AUGGAAAAUACGUUGAAAACGCAAAUGAAACGAAAGCAUGUCAUCCUGACUUUAGCGGAAAAGGUACGUAUAGUUGAAGAGGCUGAAGAAGGAACCGAAUCUCGUGAGAUAAUCGGGAAAAAAUACGGCGUGGCAGGUACCACCGUUACAAGGAUCUUGCAAAAUAAAGCUGCGUUACGUCUGAAACUGAAUCAUUUCAAAGAGCAUGGUGUGAAUAACAGGAAAACUAUGAAGGAACCACUUUUACCAUUGUUAGAAAAGGCUCUGUACGUAUGGAUUCUGCAACAACGUGACGAAGGAAUUAUUGUCACAUCCGACAUUCUGCGAGCUAAGGCCGAGUUAUUGCUUGGUUUACUUAAAGAACGUGGUGUUUAUGUAAACCAAACGUUCACUUUUUCGGAAGGAUGGGCGCGACGCUUUAAAGAACGUUUCGGGUUGCGCAUAAAGCGUGUUGUCGGAGAAAAGGUUUCCGCUGAUCUACCCGCUUAUUUGAAAUUUAAACCUGUCUUCGCCAAAAAAAUCGACGAAAUGCAACUCAAACCAUCGCAAAUAUAUAACGCUGAUGAAUCUGCUAUAUUUCCGAAGCUGCUGGCGUCACGUAGCAUAAUAACAUGCAAUGAAAAACAAGCAUAUGGGCGGAAAGUUAAUAAAACCCGCUAUACGUUUAUGCCAUGCUGCAACGCCGACGGUUCCAAUAAACUAAAACUGUUGUUUAUUGGAACCGCUGCCAAGCCACGUUCGCUCCCUCAUAAGGCCGAACUUCCGGUGGAGUACUGUCAUUCAAAAAAAGCUUGGAUGACGAGGCAACUAUUCCACACAUGGUUCUACGAGCAGGUUGUUCCGUCUGUGCGAGCUUUUUCCGCGGAACAAGGCCUGCAACCGAAAGCUUUACUUGUGCUCGACAAUUGCACGGCGCAUUACGAUGGCAGUGACAACCUGGAAUCCGACGAUGGGCUGAUACAGGCUAUCUACCUGCCACCGAAUGUGACCUCCGAAUGCCAGCCGAUGGACCAAGCCGUCAUUAAUGCCAUCAAAACCAGAUACAAGCGCAAAUUGAUGUUGGCUUUGGUCCUCGAAAACGACUAUUUACCCUUUGAAGACAGGUAG